ACAAAAAACUUGUAAGACUAAAUGAAAAAGUGAAACUAUUCAUCAGUAAUCUUGUUAUAACUGUUGGUUUAAUUUGAAAGCUAUUUUGGGCAUGUUUCACUAGUUUAACAGGAGUUACUUUGAAUUUACCUGAAAAUGGAUUGACCUGAGACAAUAUUUAACUUUGUGAACUGUAUAAUAAGUUAGUACAAAUUAGCUUUUCUUUUACAAGUCAACUUUUAUUCAUCAACAUGUCAACCAUUGUUUCAAAUUCAUCUUUUUUUGACCACAAUGGUGACCAAUGUGUUUCCCGUGGAUUAAUGUUACCCUACCUGGGUUAUGCAUCAAUGUUACUUUGGGUGAGAAUUGUUGGUUAUCUUCUUCUUCUUCUUUACCUGUUUCUUGGUAUUGCCAUUAUUGCCGAUAUAUUUAUGUGUGCGAUUGAACGGAUCACUUCGCAAACAAAGAAAAUUCUUGUCAAUCCUGGAGAUGCCAAUACACCGCCAGAAUACAUGGAAGUAUUGGUUUGGAAUGAAACCGUGGCCAAUCUAACUCUCAUGGCUUUGGGUUCUUCUGCUCCUGAAAUUUUACUCGCCAUAAUUGAGAUCGUCUCUUCUGGAUUCGUUUCUGGUGCUUUAGGGCCUGGUACUAUUGUUGGUUCAGCAGCUUACAAUUUAUUCAUGAUUUCUGCCGUUUGUGUUAUUGGCAUUCCAAAUCAUGAAUCUCGAACCAUCAAAGCAAUCAAGGUUUUUGCAGUUACUUGCACUUUCAGUGUGUUUGCUUACCUUUGGCUAUUCCUUAUUCUGGUUACCAUUUCACCCGAUGUCGUUGAAGUUUGGGAAGCACUUUUGACCUUUCUUUUCUUUCCUAUUCUGGUAUUUAUCGCAUAUGCUGCCGAUCGCAAUUUUUUCAUGUCUCAAGGAAUCGAACCGGCCAAAGGAAGUUUCACCGAGGUUGAUUCUGGAGCAAGAGUUGAAGAUUUUUUCCCAAAAGGCAAAAUUAGCAAGAAAAGCUUGGCAAAGUUUCUGAAGGAAGUACGUAAAGUUGACCCCAACAUUUCAACCGAAGAUGCUGCUUGCUUGGCUGCCACUUAUCUCUUUGAACAUGAACGCCAUUCUCGACUUUUUUACCGAGUCUCUGCUUGCCGUUGGUUAUCUGGUUCUCGACCACCUUUUCCUCAUUUAACCAAGGAACUUCAACAAGUGUACGAUUUAAUGAAAGAUCACAUGAGUGGUGGACAUGCCAUUAAAUCUGUUCCUGAUGGUGCCAUUGCAUUGACUACUGUUGCAGCUGAAAUUGCUCACGAAAAGGAUAUCGCUGUGGUCCAAUUUGCUGCUCCUACUGCCGCAGUCCUUGAGAAUGCUGGUUCUGUUGAUGUUACUGUUGUUCGUUAUGGUCGCAUGGACAAUUCGGUACAAUGUUUAGUUGAAACUCUUGAUCGAACCGCUAAAGCAGGCCGAGAUUACAAAGCUUUCAAAGAGAUUGUCACACUUGAACCUUAUGAAAAGGAGAAGACUAUUAACAUUGAAAUCAUUGACGAUGACAACUGGAAUCCUGACAACAUCUUUUUGGUCAAACUCACUUUAAUUGACAAUGAUAAUAACAAUGAAUCGGCAGCCGUUGCCAAAGGACGAAUUUGCAUGAUGACUGUAACUAUUGUUGAUGACGAUUUUCCGGGUAUCAUUGCAUUUGGACAAAGGUUGAUUACGGUUGAAGAAGAUGUUGGUAAAGUGGUGAUACCGGUACUUCGAGAACAAGGUUCUGAUGGAGAGAUUGAAGUGAAAUGGAAAACUGUUGAUGGAACUGCCAAAAAUGGGCGAGAUUAUUCUGGUGGUGAAGGUACUCUUUUAUUCGCACACGGAGUUAUGCGACAAGAAAUUGAAAUUGCCAUUGAAAAUGAUUUUGAAGAAAUUAAAGACGAAUAUUUCGAGGUUCACUUGUUGAGUGCCACAAAUGGAGCUAAAAUAGGAAAAAUUAACUCAAUCAUGGUUACAGUUACUAAUGAUUCCGAUUAUAAUGCUAUCAUGUCCAAAUUAAUGACAAAGAUUGGAAAGAAAAGGAAAGGCUUUAAAAUUGCCAAAGAUCAAUGGGUUGAACAGUUUAGGUCAGCAAUGACAAUAGAAGGUUCAGAGGAAAUUAAACCCAAUUUCAUCGACUAUUUCUUCCAUGUUUUAUCUUUUGUUUGGAAAGUAAUGUUCGCCUUUGUGCCUCCACCGAGCAUUUGGAAUGGAUGGUUAACCUUUAUUGUUUCACUUAUCCUCAUUGGUUUCAUAACUACAAUUGUAGGUGACACAGCUGAAGCUUUCGGAUGCUUAACUGGUCUUAAACCUUCCAUCACCGCAAUUACUCUUGUGGCCAUGGGCACAUCUUUACCAGAUACUUUUGCAUCCAAGACUGCCGCUCGAAUGGAAAAGUAUGCCGAUAACGCAAUCGGUAAUAUCACGGGCAGUAACUCAGUUAAUGUCUUCCUUGGACUUGGUCUACCUUGGUUAAUGGCUGCUGUUUACUGGUCAUCCAAGGGGCAAAUAUUUGAAGUGCCAGCUGGUGACUUGGGCUAUUCGGUAGCUCUUUACACAGCUUUAUCGUUUAUCUGUAUCGCUAUUCUUCUUCUCCGUCGAAUUGCACCAAUCUUUGGUCCUGGUGAGCUUGGAGGACCUUUACGCUAUUCGAUUCCAACAUUCAUCAUUUUUGUUAUCCUUUGGAUUAUUUACAUUGCAGGAUCUGUAAUGAAAGCUCAAUCAAUUUGAAGUUAAGAAAAAUUGAUUCAACUCAAAAAGUAGUUGAAGAUGACAGAAGACCAAAGCCAUGGACUUGAAAAAUUUUCCCAUUGGGGCUGAAUCUUGCGUCUACUAAUCGUGACUUUUCAACGAGAGGAAGCAGAAGUUCAUGUCAACUGCAAAUACUCUUAAUCAUGUUUUUAAUUUUUAAAUUUAUUUUUGCUUUACACCAAUUUUCACAUCUUGAAACAUCUUCCAUCAAUUGCUUCUAAGCCUUUUAACUUAUCAUUUAUACAUUCCAACUUAUAAUUUAUCGUAACUGGUGAUAUUUUGUUUUUUGCUUAUCUUAAUAGUUCAGGUCAAUUUUAUAUUUUUGUAAAAACACGAAGAAUCUUUACUUUUGUUCAUGUCCUUUGAAGGCCAUUCUAAAAUUCUUGUUUGACGUUAAACUCAAGAGCGAAACUUAUUUUGCCAAAUCAAAAAAGAAAUUCAAUUUAUGAAUUAACGACUCUUUUUAAUUUACAAAAGAGGUAAAAUCAUCUCUAAUUUAUUCUGCUCGUUGUUAAAAUCAACGAUAUAUACCUCAUCAUGUCAUAAUCAUCGAGACAAUUAUUGAAAUAAAAUUAAUUUGACCGUCCAA